UCGUAUUUCAGACACGCCCCCCUCUGCUGCUCAGCAAAGCAAGAAGCUCUCAAACAUCUUUCCCUGUCCAAAGGUUUGUCUGAAGAGCUUCUCCUUCCUUCAUGGACUCUCACGGCAAAUCAGGGAAGGUUUACCUCCGACCACACAAAGCUGGAAAAAAAUGGAAGCCAGUCUGGUUGUCUCUGUUUCCCCCCAGCAGCAGUGGAGUCGGUCGACUGGAGAUCCAGGAUAUGGGAGGGGGAGGUUCUGGAGGCAACAGGAAGGUGGUCCGGCUGUUGGAGCUGAUCAGUGUCCUCAGACUCCCGCCCAAUGCCGAGGCCUGUCCCACGGAGAACAUGGCGGCCUUCUGCGUGGAGACCCGGGACAGGACCAUGGUGUUUGCUGCACCCAAAGGCGAGAGCAUGGACUGGGUGGACAAACUGUGUCUCAGCACGUUUCAGACAGGAGGUAGCUCGGCCUCCAGUCAGCGUCACAUGGAGGAGAACCAGAUAUAUGCCUCAGCAGAUGAAGCUCCACAGUUCUGGGUGGUGGUUCAGAGGACUGAUGCAGCGGCUCGUUGUGACCUGCAGGGGGCGUACUGGCUGCAGGUGGACCAAGAGGCGCUGCUGCUGAGAGAAACCCAGAAGGAGAAGAAGAUUGUUGGCGAGUGGCCGUAUGAACUGCUGAGGAGAUAUGGGAAGGAUAAGUCGGCGUUAACCAUUGAAGCCGGCCGACGCUGCGACUCUGGUCCUGGAACCUUCACCUUUGAGACGCAACAAGCCGAGAACAUCUUCUCCCUGAUCCAGAGCACCAUCAAACAGAAGACUUCAUCAGGAAACCACAACCUGGAGGCAGAGAAGGUGGUGGUGGCCAACAUUCAGGCUCAUUCCCCGAUCCCCAAAAUACCCGACGUGACCAGCAUGGCCACUCUCCUGGAGAACCAGCUGAGGACUCUGGGGAGGAAGUCUCCGGCGUUGGACGAGGGUUCACCUGCUCAGGUAGAUUUGGUCAGUAAAUCAGAGCCAUCACAGCCGGCUCCCAUCACCCUCAUGCCGCUCCCAUUGGUCCCCACACACGAGGGAGGUCCUCACCGUGGCCAAUCAGACGGCAUCUACGCCGACCCGUCUGACUGCAUCCAGCCGGUCCCGAAAGCGACCACGGCUCUGUACGUCGACCCGGCCAGCGUUCUGCCACUGAAACCCCCAGGCUCAAGAGAUCCUCCUGUUCCACGUUCCAGCCCCAGGACAGUGGACUCGGUCUACUCUGAGGUGUAUGACAGAAUCAGCCCGGACCAUAACAAACAGAACGUCCUGCAGAGAAAAGCCAACACAAACAGUGAACCCAUUUACACCGAGCCCGUGAGCAACACAGACAAGGUGUCUCCAAGAACCGAGACCAAACCCGACCCAUUCGAGCACCUUUACGCUAAAGUCUGCAAGACGCCUCCAUCAUCAAGUCCCACGUCAUCUCCCACUGGCGCCACCUCCACGCCGUCCUCCUCCACUACUGCCACCAAGACUAGCCAAGAAUCUCUUGAAGACGUCAUCUAUGAAAACCUGGGGAUCAUUUAACUCGGCUGUGUUCUGGAGGGCAAAAAUCCUGCUGAAAGUCUGAUGAAUUCACUGAGAAACCUGACUUUCUGUUAAAUGUAUUUUUACGUUUUUUUUUUUUUUUUUUUUUUACAUUUUGAGAGUAUAAUGUCAUAUGUUGCCAUCUGUUCAAGAACAAUCUCAGCUCUCUCAGGUCCAGUUCCAGAAUAAAAUGACUGAGGGUGCCUCUGAAAUUACCCCCAAACCCGAUUACCACCCAGUUUCUGCAUAUCAGCUGCUUUUAUCUGGAUCAAACAGCGAUCAUGUGCAAAUUCACAGAACGUUCCAUCUGUUUGUGGUGACAGCAAACAUCUGUCAAACCUUUUUGAAACUGAAGCCACAGAAUCAGUUUGUAGGAGAAUCAGUAGUGAUGUUCUGAUCCAAAUCAAGGCAUCAUCACCUGGUGGUUUGUUUUAAACACAGGAGUUCUGGCUGGAGGACAUGAAGUGUCACAUUAGUCUCUGUCUUGGUGCCCCUUUAUUAGCAAAACUACCACAAUGCUCUCUGCUUUAACUGUAGUCUGAGUGACACCUCCUCUGGUCUCUACAGGAUUAAACAGGAAGAGGCUCCACCUGGUGGAACAACCAGGAACUACAGCUGAUCGAUGAUACAUUUCUACCCUCUAAUACUACAAUUACCCUCUAAUGCUACAUUUGAGAAACAAUCUGCUGAAUCUGUGCUUGUUUUAGUUCAACUACGGCUGGUUUAGACGUUUUAUGAAAGUUUCGCGAUGCGUCAGACCCAUGAAUGGGAUGAGAGAAACUGACAGAUCUUGUGGACACGUACCUUGAGGUUGCUUCCUUUUUCCUCCCUCAGAACCAGACCUGAACUACAUAUUCCUACAUAAACCUUGUUUUUUUUCUUUUUACACAUGAGAGUAUUUUACAUUUAACAUUCUUUUUUUCUGUAAAUUAUCUAAAUCUUUGUGUAAAUUGAGAUGAAACCGCUAUCAUCACUUGUUGUUACUUAAAGUGUUCCUCAUUAUUGACUUUUCUUUAAAUGAAUCAUAUAAAUGAACACAGUUUUUCUACUGAACACUGUCAAAUUUUGAAAAAUAUGUUACAAAAGAGUCUCAACCAGAGAACGUACAGAGAGUCUGGAUUGGUUUUUAACAUGUUUCUGCCAUAAAGCGAAAUUUUUGAUGUUG